UUGUAUGAGAUAGAUUACUGGUGUGAAGGGCCAAUCUUACAAUAACAGAGAGGUUGCAAAUGUAUCAGGCAACAUCUGUAGCCCAACAAUAUGAGGCCUGUGACAGCAGAGAGCAUUUUAUGUCAAAACAUGGAUAUUCCGAGAUCGUUGAACACGUAAGCUUCAGUUUACUGGAAGUCAUAGAAUCUUCAUGGCAGAACAAAGAAUAAGAAUGUCUCCAGCCUCACCUUCAAAUGAUUCUUACUAUAAUAAAGCACUUCAAGAUUUAUUGAAGAUGAUACAGAAUACAAAUUGUGGUGCUAGUAAAAAUGAGCAUUCGUAUGAUUCAAGUCACCUGGAUACCUCUGAUGACAACAUCCUUGAUGAUCAGGCUGCAUAUCCAUUUCCGGAUUUCAGCACUCAUAUAUAUACAGAAACAGAUGUCACGCUGCCAUCUCAUUUAGCAGCAAAUUCCUGCAAUGAACCUUCUGUGGAAACCAGCAUUGCUGUGAUACCGAGCUCAAGGAAGGCAGCAAAUUCCAUUUUAAAAGGCCUUCAUAUUCUGCCAUCUGAAGUCCACGAGAUUUAUGAUGAAUUGUUUGACAUAUACCAAAAACUUCAGAGUGAAAGAAUUUCACAGCAAAAGUAUUCACUUGAGCUGAAAAAACGGGAGCGACGUUUAAGAGAUAAAGAAGAAUUGCUAUUUAAACAUCAAGCUACAGUUAACAAAAUUAAGGGUGUUGAAGAGACCAUACAUGCUAAAUUUCAAAUAAUGAAGGAGAGACAUGAAGCAGAAGUAAAACAGCUUUCAGAGGCCCUUAAAGAGAAGAUUAAAGAAAAUAAAAGGUUGAAGUCAUCAUUUGACACACUGAAGGAAAUGAAUGACUCUUUAAAAAAGCAGCUAAAUGAAGUGAGCGAGGAGAAUAAGAAACUUGAAGCACAAGCUCGGAAAGUUCAGGCCCGCUUAGAAAAUCUUCAAAAAAAACAUGCAUUCAUUAAUGUCCAAAAAUGCAAAAAUGUUUCAUAUGCAACACGUGAUGCAAAAUCUGAAAAAUCUGGGAAAGCAUCUGCUGCUUCUGCAAAACCUAAGGUUCCUACUAAUAUGCAAGUAUAUGAAUUGCUAACUAUUCUUAUGGACUGGAUAUCUGAUCUACAGAUUAGCCCCAUAUCAGGAGAAAAUGGUAACAAAGAUAAAUCUUCAUGUGCAAAUAAAUUGUCUACAAACUGUUUUCAGGAUAAGUAUGCCAAGAUUCUGCCAAUUAUUGUAGAACAGUUCCAGUGGAUGCCUUUGGUCAACCCUAAACUACACUUUCCAUUUGUAAAAUUUAUAUAUUGGAAUUUAAAACCACUUGAAACUGGAACACAGAUAACUAUGACCUCAACUUUGAGACGACUGGGUGAAGAAAUAUAUAAAGGUGCAGUGUUUCGUGCUUCUAAUGAGACCCUCUAUGAAAGCGUUACAGAGAGUGAAAGAAAAUUUGCUGCUUUUUUUACAAGCAAUCACUUACCUUUAAGAUUCAUAUCAACAUUAAUUAUUCUUAAAACAGUAAACAAAGUGGAUUACCUUGCCCAAGCGUUGGAUGCACUCUGCAUGGACUUGAAGACAGAUGAAGGAAGAGAUAUGUUUAUUGAGUACCAAGCAGUCACUAUUGUAUUAAACCUCUUACAUCUGUCCAAUAGAGGUCUUGUUUCCAGUGUUCUAGAUAUUUUACUUCAGUUGUCAAUGGAAGCCAGGUUUAUGGAGUCUUUUCUGGAAACCUGUAGCACAGAAUCAUUUUUUAAGACUAGUGCUGCAUUGUUACGAGAUCCUAAGGUUGAUGUUCAGAUCCUUGAAAAACUAAGCAUAAUUAUGCAAAAGCUCUCCAAGAUAAAGAGCAAUAAGAAGUUCUUUCAGCUUUUUAGCAUUCCACUGUUAAUUCAAGAAAUGCAAAGGACAGCAAACUCGGAACACGCCUUUCUUGUUAUUAAUUUGAACUCCAUUCUCUUUCAUUUGGGCCUAGCAAAGACUAACUCUAGUUUAGGUAGUGCAAGUGCCAGUCAUUGAAUGAGUUUACAGCAUAUUUAUAUUCCUGUACAGAUCUUAAAUAUGUGCAAUUUUGGAAAUGUAAUUUGUUUCUAGGAGGUGAUUUUAAAGAUGUAAGUGUUAAAGGUUCUAAUUAUUUGCAUGUUAUUCAAGUUGUUUAACAUUCAGAAUGUUGUUUUAAUUAUUCUAAAACAAACACUUUUAUUGCUGUUAACUUCUAUAUUUAUCUGUUUUGAUAUUUGUUGUCAGUGCAUUUAGUCCACAAUUGCAAUAUGGAUGUAAAUAUAUUUUGUUUGAUGUAAUUAUUUAAAAAAUUAAAAAACAACUUGUGCUAGAACAGAA